AUUGUCAUGAACACCUUUGCCAACGGUGAAUGGGGAAAAGAAGAGCGUAAAUCGAAUCCGAUCAAGAAGGGAGACUCGUUCGACAUUCGAAUCCGUGCUCAUGAUGAUCGCUUCCAGAAGAAGGCCAAGCGCUUCAAUGUUAAUUUGCUUAGGCGAAACGGCGACAUUGCGCUUCACUUCAAUCCGCGAUUUGAUGAGAAAACCGUGAUCCGAAAUGCUCUUGCUGCUAAUGAGUGGGGAAAUGAGGAAAGAGAGGGAAAGAUGCCAUUCGAGAAGGGAGUCGGCUUUGAUCUGGCCAUCAAGAACGAGCCUUACGCAUUCCAG